AUGCUUUUAGAUGGUAUUACCGGGUAUGAAGGACUCAAUGAAUUCGUUGCAAAAGUCUUGAAUAAGACACCAAAUCUUCGAUCUUUCCGAUGGUCUGAUCAGAGUUUGCCAGGUAGCAGCCUCCAAAGUCUCACUUUGCAAGAACGGGGUAAUAUGGAAAAGUUGGGAAAAUAUCCAAAGCUUAAACAUCUAUGGAUUGAGUUCUCUACUGAUCUUGCCGAGAAAAAAUAUGCCAAAGCCAAUCGCUGGUGUUCCUUGGAGGGUUUUUGCAACUUGACAUCCCUUGAUCUUCACAACCUUUAUGGUAAUAAUUCUCACAUAACAGAUGAACUUGCCCAAUGCCUAGUCAACUGUCCGAACCUAAAACCCUUAGGGUUAAGCCUAGGGUCUCAUUUUGAUUGGAAAACGUUUGGUGGUCCGGUCGUCAAAGAUGAAACCGACAAUUUUCUGGAACAACCGUGCUCGCUCUACGCAGGUCGUUACGAUAGCCGCCCCUUAGAUCUCCAUAAACUACGCUUAGGAUUUGGAGCAUCUCCUUAUGCAUCCAAGAUGAAAGAUAAUCAAAAUUAUCUCGAAAACCUUGUCUGCUUAAAAGGAUUGCUAUCCCUGGAGUUUUACAAUGGUUUCUGGGUUGAACACCCUAAAGGUGUGCCAAAAGAUGUCUUACCUAUUGAUUUUCAGCUUUUGGAAGGAAAACGAUUCUCGAUUCGGGCAAUGUCAACUGCGAGUUAUUCCCAUCUCUCGGAUGAGAUAUCUUUUAAAUUAGAUCUUCCAAAUCUUUCAACACUGGUCACUCACACAUCAUACAAUCAAGCACCUAGACCCGUGAACGAAGAUGGAGAUGUUCCUCCUUUGGAUCCUUCUUCCGUGCUACACUACGCUCUUUCGAAGUAUACCAUUCUGGAUAAUCUUCUGAACAAGGGUUCACAGCUUACUAAACUUACGUUGUGUAUUCAUAACGGGACUCAAUGGUCAUCCCUCGUUGUCCUUCAGGGAUGCGACAAAUAA